UGUUGUAAAUUCUGCCCCACUGCAGAACAGAGCAAGGAAUCUUGCAUUGGCGGUAGGUCUCUCAUAAAAGGAGGAAAGCUUUAGCUAGUUACCAGCUGUGAAAUCGCACAAGCAGUAGGCUCUCUGAGAGGCUCCGGAAAGACAGCUCUGUUUCUGGGUCAGCAUAGCAGUAUGUUUAUAAAAGAAUUUGCCCUUUCAAUCUUUGAAAAGAUGCAAGCACAGGAAAUCCUGAGGAGCCUGAGGCUGCCUGAGUUUGACAACUUCAGCCAGUUUUUCCACAGCUUGCCAGCUACCACCUUAGUUGGCAUUGGUGCCUUUGCAGCUGUGAUCGCAUACUGGUUUGCUAGCCGGCCAAAGGUUUUGAAGCCACCAUGUGACCUCUUGAUGCAGUCAGAAGAAGUUGAGGGCUGGGAAGGAGCUCGGCGGUCCGUGAUAGGUGACAGCACAGAAUUAUUAACUCACUACUAUGAUGAUGCAAGGACAAUGUAUGAAGUAUUUAGAAGGGGAUUUAACAUAUCUGAGAAUGGUCCCUGUCUAGGAUUCAGAAAGCCCAAGCAGCCUUACCAAUGGUUGUCAUAUAAAGAGGUCUCUGAAAGAGCAGAAGCUUUAGGAUCAGGGUUACUCCAACAGGGAUGUAAACCAUCAGCAAGUCAGUUUAUUGGGGUCUUCUCACAAAACCGUCCAGAGUGGAUCAUUUCUGAGCUGGCUUGUUAUACCUAUUCUAUGGUGGUGGUCCCCCUGUAUGACACAUUAGGUCAUGGAGCGAUUCGUUACAUUAUCAAUACAGCUGAUAUUUCCACAGUAAUCUGUGACAAACCAGAAAAAGCCAGAAUCCUCCUGGAUCACGUGGAGAAAAGAGAAACGCCAGGCUUAAAGUCUAUUAUUCUGAUGGACCCUUUUGAGAAGGACCUAAAGGAAAGAGGGAAAAGAUGUGGUGUUCACGUCCAAUCCAUGCAGGAAGUAGAGGCUAGUGGCCGUGAGAGUUGGCAUGUCCCUGUGCCUCCUCAACCAGAAGAUCUGUCGAUUGUCUGUUUUACCAGUGGCACUACAGGGAACCCCAAAGGUGCUAUGCUGACUCACAGGAAUGUGGUUGCUGAUUUUUCGGGUUUUCUGAAAGUAACAGAGAGUCAGUGGGCUCCUACUUGUGAGGAUGUACACAUUUCCUAUUUGCCUUUAGCACACAUGUUUGAGAGAAUGGUACAGUCUGUCGUAUAUUGCCAUGGGGGGCGAAUUGGAUUCUUUCAAGGAGAUAUCCGUCUCUUAUCGGAUGAUAUGAAAGCACUGCAUCCAACCAUUUUCCCUGUUGUACCACGAUUAUUAAAUAGAAUGUAUGAUAAGAUCUUUAGCCAAGCAGAUACUCCAUUGAAACGUUGGCUUCUGGAAUUUGCUGCAAAGCGUAAGAAGGCUGAAGUUCGAAGUGGAAUCAUUAGAAAUGACAGUUUGUGGGAUAAACUGUUUUUUAAUAAAAUCCAGGCAAGCCUUGGUGGGUGUGUUAGGAUGAUUGUAACGGGAGCUGCCCCUGCUUCUCCAACUGUUCUGGGGUUCCUUCGGGCAGCACUUGGAUGUCAGGUUUAUGAAGGUUACGGUCAAACAGAGUGCACAGCAGGAUGUACCUUUACCACUCCAGGUGACUGGACUUCAGGUCACGUAGGAGCCCCUCUGCCCUGCAAUUUAAUCAAACUGAUGGAUGUGGAAGAGAUGAAUUAUUUUGCUUCAAAAGGAGAAGGAGAGAUAUGUGUGAAAGGACCCAAUGUUUUUAAAGGUUAUCUAAAAGAUGGUGAGAAGACAGCUGAAGCUCUGGAUAAAGAAGGAUGGCUUCAUACUGGAGACAUUGGGAAAUGGUUACCUACUGGGACACUUAAAAUUAUUGAUCGGAAAAAGCAUAUAUUUAAACUUGCUCAGGGAGAAUAUAUUGCGCCUGAAAAGAUUGAGAAUAUCUACAUCCGCAGUGAGCCUAUUGCCCAGAUAUAUGUGCAUGGAGACAGCUUACAGGCCUUCUUGGUGGGAAUUGUUGUACCUGAUUCUGAAGUCAUGCCAGGCUGGGCAAGGAAAAGAGGGUUUGAGGGAACAUAUGCAGAGCUCUGUAAAAAUACGGAACUGACACAAGCAAUAAUGGAAGAUAUGGUGCGGCUAGGGAAGGAAGGUGGACUUCAUUCUUUUGAGCAGGUCAAAGCCAUUUACAUCCACUCUGACAUGUUCUCAAUAGAAAAUGGCUUGCUGACACCAACACUAAAGGCUAGGAGACGAGAGCUAAGAGAUUACUUCAAAAAACAAAUAGAAGAGCUUUAUUCAAGUGUCUCUGUAUGAAGCGGCGGGAAAAUUCUUCUGAAUAAUGGACUUUGUAGCAAUAUUAAAGUACAUACUCAAAAGUACAGAGCCAGAACGACAUAGUUGAAAUGAAUAAGCACCUGACCUUGUGUCUGAACCUUUUGUUGUUCCAAGAUCUCACCACUGAUAUAACAGUAAUUUUCCUUUUUCAUCAGCUGUAGUACCUUAUCUUUUUACAGUAUGUACGCUGUAGAAGACUAUUGAGAACUACACUACAUAACCAUGUACAGAUACAUAAAUUCCAGCACAUCUUAAAGUAUAUCAUGGAAGGUUACAUUAUUAUUAAUGCCCCCAAAUACUAUUGAUUACACAUCAGGAAAAAGGCAUGUGAUAUAUCUGUUGAUAUGACUGUAUAUAACAUUAUAGAUUAGUGACUGAAAUCCUGGAUAAUUCAAUAAUGUGGUCUACCUCAGACAUUCAAAGACUGAUAAUUAAAAUCACAACUAAGUCUUUUUUCCCUAACCUAGAACUUCAAGCUAGAUCUUUGGUCGUUUUGUUUUUUUAAGUGACAGCUUUUAUACUCUGCAAGACAAAUUCCAUUGACUUUACGUAAUCAUGAAUGAUCUAACUAACAGAGAACGAGGAAUAAAUCUCCUGAUUUCAUUUGUGUGUAAUAUACCCAUCAGCAUAUUAGGCCUAAUGGAAAAACCCAGAUUAAUACCACUUUGUAAUUGCAAAACUAUUUUAGGAAGUUAUAGAAUUCCCUGUAUGUCUUUUUUCAGUGCAUCUGAACUCAGUUUAUAGCAUGGCAGAUAGAGCUUCCUUAAGAUGCUGAUUCAAAACAAUAUGCUCAUGGGUUCAUACAUGCAGAAGCUGGGAAGGCUGUGGAAGGAUUGGUGGCUCUGUGGCAGACUGAUCUAUUCAUAAGAGUCAGCUUUCUGUGGGAGCUACAAAAUAAAAAGCUUCUCAAGAGGAGAAGAACUAGUGUAAAUGAGCCCUCACCAUCCUAUACACUCUUGAUUCUUAAUUUAUUGCUUGACAUGCUGCUAGUGCUAUGCAGUCCUGUAAGAUUAACUCCCUGGCACAGCUGCAGAUAGAGGAAUGGAGCUCUGGCCCAAUGUAUGAACUAUAAUGGUGAGUAAUGUUCAGUAAAACAAAUUUACUUGCUAGAAAUGGUGGCAUCAUAUCCCCAUUGCUGUAGCACAAUGGUGAAGGGCCUCCCUUGUGGUGCUGGAAGUGUUACUUCUGAGUGCCCAUGUUGCUUCCCACCACCAUUGUAAGAUGGCAUGGUGGGAGGUAAGGUUACCACUUGGCUGGUAUUUGACCGGCCUGGCUGGCUUUUUUUAUGGAUUUACCAGAAAAAUAAUUUAGUCUGCCAGGUUGUCUUUUUUAACAUGGGCCGAAGGAUUUGCAUUAUGAUCAUAAUACACUUGGAUAUCUAAUGUCAAAAGUCAUUGUGCAGAUAAAGAUGCUGCAGUGUUCCCACUUCAAGUGAUAACUGCUCAAACGUGUUUGAAAUUACAGUAACAUGCAUGUGUGUGAGAGAGGGUUUGAGUCAUGUGAGAGCGAUAACAUCAUGUGUUAUCUCUUGGGUGACUGUAUUUCCCAAGGGGAAAAUGGGAUACCCCCAGCUGUUCACCUGAACUGCCAGCCCACCGGCACAAGGCCGUUCCAGUCACUGGAACCCUGCUGCUCCCCCCUACCCUCCUUGUGCAAGGCUGUUGCUGGUCACCUGAACCCUGCCCCCCUCCACAAGGUUGUUGCCCAGUUGCUGGAACCCUUCCGGAUCUCUGCAUGCUGGAAAGCUUCCUUCCCCCUCCCCAGCCCUAUCUCCCCCCUGUACAGGGCUGGCAUCUCUACUCGUCUCCCUUUCCCCCUUCAUGUUCCUCUGCAUCGCAUCCUGCUCUUUUGCAAAAGUGGGCAUUUGUCCUGAUUGCUCUUGGAACUGAUCAAGUUACCUUGUGGUUGGGGGAUGGGGCUGCAGCAGGCUUGGGGUGUGGGUGGGGGGAAGGUACUGGGUUUUUUUGCGUUUCAAAAGUGGUAACCCUAGUGGGAGGCGGCACAGGUUUUUCUUUUCCUUUCUGAUGGGUCUUCAAAAUUGAGUUUUCAGUUAGGGAAAGACUGAUCUUUGUGCUACAACCACUUUAAAUUUUUUCCUUGACUGAAUCAAGAUCUAUCAAAGAACGAUCCUUCUCUGUAUUUUGGACAUUUGCAAAGCUCUAAUACAAUUCCAUGAUCCCAAGCACCAUAUAAAGCAGUUGGCCUGGAUAAAGCCUUAGCCUUCACCGUGGCAAAGGUACGCCACUAGAAAGGCCGUAUCUCCCCAGUGGAAUAGGAGCAGACUCUGGAACUACAUGCUCAAACAGCAUGGUGUUAAAAGCUGCAGGCCUAAACAAUUCAAGGAACUUGAGGACACUCCAUGAGUCAACAGCCUUGGUGGCUUUUUCCAGCUGAACUUAUUUUUUAAAUAACUGCUAUUAAUUAUACCAAUCCACACACUAGCAUGAGGCUGCUAGAUGACCUGGUUUGCUAGGGCUGUGAAUACAAACUUAUUUUUCUGCCUCAGACUGGCGUCUAUCAAUAGUUUUCAUACUAAAAAGCCUAACAAACUAUUAAUCUAUACCUUCCCUCUGAAAUUCCACUGCAUGCUUUAAAAGAAAUGAAAUGAAUUGAACUAAUGAGGUAGUUUUAUGCAGUCUGUUUUAUUAAAGUCAUUUCAGAACAAACAGCUAAAAAUACACAGGAGACUGCGUCUGUUACAUAAUCUCACUUGUACAGCACAUGUUUAUUUGAUUUAUCAAAUGUGCAUUAUUUGGGCUUGAUUCUUCAUUGCCCUGCAUCUUGUGUAGUAAUUUCCAUCAGUACCAAAUUGGUGUAAAACACUACCAAUGUGAUCUGGUAGUGUUUUCCACAGUGUAUCAUCUCACACUGAUAUAAAUGACUAUCCACAGUGCAAGGCAUCAGAGCAUCAGGUGCAAUACCUUUUUUCUCCUUUAAGCAAAUAUGAUCUAUUUUAGGAACCAAUAACUAGUUCCUUAAAUAAACAGAUGUGUAAAAGAAGCUAUUUUCCACUAACCUUUCUCUACAGCAUGAAUUGAAUUUACUUGUCUUUUCCUCUAAAAUGAUUCAGUCCACCUGACCUGUCCAGACAAUUGAGGAUCCUAAUUUGAAUUUAUUUAUGGCUCCUAGGCUUGUUAAUUUUAAUACUAGAGGGGGUGGGAGUAGGAGUUGGAAGAAGAAAAUUAUGUACAUGACCACACCAAAGUGAUGUAAAAUUUGGAAAGAAUUGGCUCAAAUGAAUAUUUUUCUAUAGCCACAUCCCAAAAGUGUGUUAAUUUUUAAAUCUUGGGGAAAACCCUGGGUACAUGAACUAAAGCCACCCUCAUCCCCCUGGUAAUUUUAUCUUGCGUAAUUAGAACUUCCUCUGCAGAUCACUCUCAACCUCAUUAACCUCGGAAACAUUAGAAAGGAUUAAAACCUCAAAUGAAUGUGUGCCUAAAUAUGUUCUUUAACGUGAUAAGCACUAACAUGCUUUCCUUAAAUAUCUGGCACACCUGUCUUUCUUUUGCACGUUUUGUUUUUUCCUUAAGUGAAAAUAUUUAUUGUGGCCAUUGCAAGGAAAAUCCCAGUGUUCAUUAGGUUUGUUCCCCUAUGACCUCUUUAUAGUAUCUCAGGGUAAUAAUUUAUGCAGUGUGUUUGUGUAUCUUUGUCUUAUUUGAGAAUUCCCCUUCAAAACUCAAAUGCCAUCAAAUAAAUGAUACUAUGUACUGCUCUUCUCCAAAAACAUUUCUCCUCUGGGUGGCUUAAAAAUAAGUAUUUUCAUCUUGAAGGUAUAGGGGCUGAUUCUUAUACAAACCAGCAAGAAGGAAAAAGUAGUAACUCCACUGAAGUCAAUGGAGUUACACUGGUGUGAAAUCAGGGUGAGAUCAGAACAGGGCCCCUGUGGUGUGCCGAUUGUCCGGUCCCCCAAAGAUGGCAUCUCCUUGAGUAGAAUAGUAUGUGCUCUUCCCCUUUAUAUAGUCAAAAAAAAGUUUCCUUGGGCCUGAUACUAUGUCCACUGAAAAGAUUACCUCCUUUGCUGAUAUGAGAAAACCAGAUUCAAACAUACCUUCAAGCCCAAUCCCCUUGAGAGAAUGAUGUAUAGUUAUACAUGAUGUUCUUCACUCAGUAUAUUUCAUAGACAACAUACCUCCCCUGUCCCAGAAACCAUCAAAGAAACAAAGAAGAUACACGAUAGAACUCGCACAGCAUUGAGUCCUAACCUUACAGAACUGGCAAUAUGUGUAAUUAAGUAAUGUGGUACUGAAAGGCACAUGUUCAGGGUAAAAUAUUUGAUUUUAUAGUGUACAUUAUAGAGAAGAAGUGGUAAUCCCUUUGCUGCUAAAGUAGGCUUUUACAGUACAUUAUGCAAUUGCUACUAUCUCAGCAAUAGUCAGGUCCAAUGUCAUUACUGCCUUGGGUAUGAUUUUGUUGCAUAUAACAAAGUAAUGUCUUUAAUAACUCUUCUAGAAUGAAACAAAUUGAGUUAAUUUCUUUUCCAUGUGUGAAAAGCACAAUCUUGUGAUCUAUAUGUAAAUAAACUACUAUAAGAUUAAUGUAAACUCAGAAAGAAUAUACUAUUUUUGCAUGACAACAGACCACUUAAAGAUGGGUUGAUGUCUCACAGAAAACUUUAAAAAACAUUUUGAGGGGCAAUUCUAUCUACAUUCUGCAUUUCUCUUGUUCUGUUAUUAUAAGGGAACAAAUAUAUGAAAUCGGGAUCUUUGUUGCUUUUUGGAGUUCUGUUCCUCCAUUCCUGCAAGAAGUAGAGUAUCUACUGUCAGUUGCUAAACUGUCUUUGCUCCUGUUUGGAAAUUGAGGACACUCAGCACUCAUUUUGGAGAAGAUACUAAAGAACUAAAGCUCUAUCAGCCCAUGCUCCUUAACUAAAAAAUUAUUACUGGCAUAAAUGGGCACAACUCCAUUGACUCCAGUGAAAUUAUGCAUUACACCAGCAGUAAUUUGGGCCAAGGGAAUGUCUGUGAAUCUCAAUUAGUUGCUAUAAUUGUUGUAUCUUAAAAUGAGGAAUUAAAAAGAGGAGAUUAUUUUUAAGGAAUAAAAUCCCAGAUGAAAUUCUGGCCUCACUGAAAUCAAUGGGAGUUUUAACACCGACUUCAGUGAAGCCAGGAUUUCAUUCCUGUCUUUAAGCAAAAGCCUUUAACAUUCAACAAUGAGAGGAGAACACCAGAAAAUUGUACCUAAGUGGAACUGUUCCUAAACAGAAUGUUUUCCAUGAGACAUCAGAGCCUCUUUAACCCCUUCACUUUAGUAUACUAUUCUCUUAUGCAUUUAAAAAACAUAACUGCAACAAACACACAAAUAAAUCAGACAUUUUCCUGCAUGUUGCUUAUUCGAUUUUCAACUGAAGUGAAGGGAUUAAAAUCUAUGACUUAUAAAUAUGUGUAAAAAGGCAUCUUAACUGUAAUGAAAGAUUUUUCAGUUUUGGUAUAAUAGCAUGUAUAUCAAAAAUAUAAAAGGCAUCAAUGUAAACUUUUGUAAAGAACUGAACUGUCAUAUUUCUCAAAAUUGCUCAUAAAACAUUCUUGUGCAUUGACUUACAAUAAAAUCUUUUAUAAAAUUCUUAUUCCAACACUCUGUCCACAUGAUCAGAAACUAGUCAUUGAGAAUGUGUGCCUAUACUAAACAUACAGGGGAAAAAAAACAAUGAGCAAGGGAAUAUUGGAACCUGAGAUAAAUAUUAGCAAUCUUCAAAGAACAGGUUGUUUCAAAUUUCUCUAAAAGAUGGCCAUACAGCAGCCUUUCCGUAAUGGUUUCACCUCACUGUUGUUUUAAAACAACAAACAAUAAAAUAACCAAAUGUGUAAGCUUGUUUAAUAGAAUUAACUAUUGGGAAUGCAUAGUAUUUUUUCCAGAACUUGUGCUUAAAACAAUAAAGUUUAAAAUUA